GAAAACAAAAACAAGGCCGCCUUAAUGGCUUUGGGCAAGUUUAUAUUUCAGCUUGCCGACACUGCUGAUUAUGGGUUGUGGGGCAUGGAAAAAUGUCAAAGGAGGGGAUAAUUGGGUGACUCUUGAACUGGGAAUGUGUCCACAGUCCUAAGACAUCCCAGCAGCAACCAAGAGUCUUACAGGAAUCUGGCAUCUGCGGUUCACACUUUGGAGUGUGAUGCAGGCAGGAUCAGCUGGGCCUUAGAGAAACAGCACCAAAAGCUCAAGGAUCCAGUGCAACAAUGACGAGUUUCCUGGGUAACGCCCUUCAGGGUAGCUUCUUCCUGAUGUUUGGCUUAUGGUGGUCCAUCAAAUACCCUAUGAAGUAUGUGCUUCAAAAACUGAAUCCAGACAACCAGGCCAGCCGUUGGAUCCAGUGCAUGGAUAUCGCAGAAGGAACUGCCAAAGCCUUCUUUGCCCUAGGAGGGAUACUGGCAGAGCAGUUUGUUCCUAAUGGACCCCACCUGUCUCUAUAUGAUGAAGGGACGCAGAGCUGGGUGCAUUUAACGAACUGGCAAUAUAUGACGAUGUACUUAUUCUAUGGUUUGUCCGGUGUGGUGGACAUUCUUUCCUAUACACCACUCAAGUUGCCAGUGGGACUGGAUCGCCUCCUAGUGGCUCUGGCAUUAUUUGCAGAAGGCUUUCUGUUCUAUUUCCAUGACUACCAGGGUGCCAUAUUGACGGAACACCUCUACUCUCUGUUGAGCGUUGCUAUAUUUGGAGCUGCCCUCGGUGCCCUGCUAGAAGCAUUCCUGCGAGACCACACCCUCCUAGAACUCCUCAGAGCCAGCCUUUUCAUUUUGCAAGGAUCCUGGUUUUGGCAGAUGGGGUUUGUCUUGUAUCCACCAUGGGGAGGUCCAGGCUGGAGCCAAGCUGACGCUGAAAACAAGAACUUCCUGACCAUGUGCUUCUUCUGGCACUACGCAGUUGGUCUACUUGUGAUGGCUGUCAAUAGUUCCACCAGUCGCUGCUGCUCUAAUGGAUGUCCUGUAAAUUUGGAAACUAUCGAUGUGGAACUUGACUUGGGAUGCUGCUUACGAAAGCCCAGCCAGACCGUGGAUCCUGUCCUUCUCCCAGAGAAUCUCUCUGAGGAAAAAUGAAGAGUUAAAUGUUUCAGGGCACAGAGUCUUCAGUUUUUUGAAAUCCACAAGAUUUUAGUUGCCAUUUUAUAGAAAGUGUAAUCUUUACAUGACGUAGAAGGCCAGGUCACACGCAAAAGGAGAGCAUCUAUAGCUUCAGUACCUUCUGUCACAUGAACCAGUCUAGUUUUAGACAUCUGCUUUGGAAAUGUCUGCCAUGUGAGACCAGAUCACCUGAAAUGGCCUGGAAAGGGGCCAUUUCAAGAACAGCAUCUUGUUUUUGGAGAGUCCUCCUGAAAUGCAUUCUUGGGGCACUUUAUUUUUAUUUAGGUGCCUAGUCUAAACCCUUCUUAUUUCCCAGGACAUUUGUAGAUUGAUUUCUGCUUUGCAGAUUUUCAAAGAAAAAAAAUAUUUAUGUUCUCAUGAUGAAAGCAAAAAAAACAUCCAAGACAGAAAAGAAAGAAACUAUAAAUAAGAAAAGAUCACAAGUAAUUUUUAAAAAGAGAACCAAAUGUAGGAGCAUAGGAUAUAGGAUAUCAUUGCUUGUGAAACCAUGUAAAUAGAACAAUAAAUAUUAUAAAGAAGACAAA